UUGCUCAUCGAGGGCAUUUCGAAAAAGUGAACUGUGUGUGGAGGUCGAUACCGGCUACAGAAGUUAUUUUCAGUUUAUCUGACUUCUUAAUUGAGGAUGAGUUCUACUGCUGUAAACGAUGAGAAUCGUGGGGUCUGCCCUGGAAGAAAGCAGAGCAAUUCAGAGACAAUUUGUGACAACCUUUCUUUUGAUCAGCCAACUGGGAGGCCCUCCAUUCUUCGCCAAUCUCAGGCAGAGAACCUGUCAAACAAAACUAUAGCAAAGGGAGGGAAGGUUUGUUUUCAGACUCCAAGAAGAGACCCUCUCACUAAGAGAAUAGUAUCACCAACAAAGUCCCUUAAUAUGGAAAGCUUGGAUGACUGUAGUAAAGCCCUGGAGACUUUGCCGUUUACAUCACCCGAAGAGGUGGUACCUAUAGAAAUCAAUGGGCUUGUUGAUGUAGCAAAAUCAGACUUCACAAAUGUGUUGUCCUAUCCUGAUGAUGAUAUGCCAAUUCAGAGUAAAGGAGGUUGUCAGCUGUAUUUUGACAACCUUGAUGCCAUCAAUCUCUUCCAAGGGUCUACUAAAAUGGUCCUCUCUCCAGCAAGGCCCAGUGAGCUAGUUGAAACUCCCAAGUCUGAAGACCAGCGUGAAAGUAAUGUCAUUGAAGCAGUUUCUGACAGGAAUGAAAGGGCACUGGAUGAUACACUCCCGUUCAUGCCAUCAGCGGAAAAUUUUCUUGCUGACUUCUCAGCCGAUAUGUGCUCAACAGAUAGCAGUGUGAUUACCAUGAUGAAGGACCCAGCCGAUGAGUUAUCCAACGCUGGUGAGGAAGAAACUGUACCAUCAGUUGACCCAGAUCAAGCUGUGGCUAUCAUCUCUACAGCCGAGGAGACUCUUCUGCCACCAAAAGGUACAUACGAAUUUGAUUUUGACAACCUUGAUUCAGUCAACCCUUUCCAAACGGGAGGCUCCAAAUUGCAGAAUUCCCCUGGUAAAGGAAAUGGAACCAGCAGCCAUGCUUGAGGUGGUUCAGCCUGUCUUAGAGGCACCUGUCCAGCCAGAGAUGAAACCUAUGGCACCAUUGUCAACUGCUCCCAAAGAGACCAGCAAGCCAGCUGAAGAAUCCAUAACUCAGCCCAGUGCAGCCCCUUCCAAGGAUGGUGCAGUGAAACUUGAGUUCAAUUUUGAUGAUGGCGAGGUCAAGUGUAAGCCUCCUCCCAAAAAGUUUGGCAAAAGGCCUGUUUUGAAGCCGACAUGGAAAAAGGCUGUACCUACAGAAAAAAAAGAACCUGCUCAAUCCAAGGAAUCGCCAGUGAAGCCAUUGGUCAAUACUGAUUAUGAAAUUCCUCUUCCCAAGGGCAAGUACAACUUUGACUUGGAUAAAUUUGACCCAAAUGUCAAUCCAUUUGGUACAAAUGUAAAAAUGACUGAAUCUACAGUCUGUAAGGUGAAAUCCAGUCCAGAUGCCAAGGCACCAACCUCAGUCAGGUUGGCUGUCUCCCCUGAGAAAGUGGCAGAGCCUGUUCAGCAAGAAACUGCCCCAUCACUAUGUGUUUCUAUUGCUGGAUAUGAACCUGAUCGUUCUGCUGUAAAAGAAGGAAUUGACAACAUUCCACAGAAUCCGAAGCUUCAGAUGGACUCUUGUGAAGUUCAGGAUCCUUCCUCUGGAAAAGAGCAGGAACCUCCAACUAAACCUGACCAACCUUCGCUAAGCACUCCAGAACCCUUGGAACUCUGCCAAUUUGAGCAGACCCCACAGAAUGGCAUUUCAGAAUUUAAUGAGGACUUUGUUCCUGGAAACACAUUCAUGGCGAGUGACUUUGACAGACAGAUGGACUACCUGGAGCAGUUUGGGUCCAGCACUUUUAAGGAGUCGGCACUGAGAAAACAAUCACUGUACCUCAAAUUUGACCCACUAAUGCGGGAGAGCCCCAAGAAGUCUGGAGUCCCUGCAGGACUCAACAACCUCCCACGACCUGCUCCCUUUGCUUCACUUGUGGAGACCCAGAAGACUGGAGACGAGGAGGUGAAUGGACUGAAAUCUGUCAACCCUAAACUGCUUCAUGACCUACCACCUGUUCAAGAUGUUGGUCCUCGGACUCUUGUGGGGAAUUCCCCUGUGCUUGAGAAUCUGGUCCCUACUUUCCCCCAACCAGCCAACCCUGACGAUAACAUCAUAGAGGUGCUGAAAUACAGUCAGCAAGACAUGAAUGCUGCCAUUGCCAAGAUCCAGAAACGAGCAAAGGAGAAUGCGGAUGAAUGGAAAUCGAAGCAUGACACGCUAUCUCAGGAUAAUCAUGAAAUGGGGAAAAUCAUGUCAGCAUUUGAAGCCACAAUUGCUCAGAUAUUGGCUGAUAAACAGAGGGAGACGGAGAAGGCCCAGGCUGACAUCACUAAAGUCCUGCAGGAGAAGGAACAGUUAUCACAUGACCUAAAUGCCAUGGAGCGGUCCUUCUCAGAUCUCUUCAAGAGACUAGACAAAUACAAAGAGGUCAUCGAGGGUUACAUAAAGAAUGAAGAGAUGCUGAAGAAAUGUGCUCAAGAUUACCUGGCUAGGAUCAAGGAGGAGGAGCAGCGCUACCAGACCCUGAAAGCUCAUGCAGAGCAUAAAAUUAGCCUGGCGAAUGGAGAGAUUGCAGAGGUGCGCUCCAAACUAAAGGAUGAGGACGCUGCACUUCAGGCCCAGCUGCGCAGGGAGCAGCUAAAGGCCCAGUCACUGGRGAAGAGCCUUGACCAGAAAGUAAAAGAGACUGAAGAACUCACCAACCUUUGCGAUGAACUAAUAGCUAAAGUCCAGAAGGGCUGAGUUCAACCAUAUGUCUGUCUUUGUUUUCUGGUAGUCAAGAUUUUUUUACAAAUCUGAGUAUGUGGUGGUCCUGAUGAACAAGUGUGUGAAUAGUGCKUUGUAAAUAUGUUUUGCUGCUCUUGAUUGGAGUUUAAGCGCCGUAAUAGUACUUCACUAGAUUUCAAUUCUACUGAUUCAUGUUGGUUCGUUUUAUCAAUGUCRGUCUUUAUUACUGUAAUAAAAUUGUUUCACUAAUCAAGA